GUUACUGUCCCCUUUCGUAUUUGAACCAUAAACAUCAAAACAUUGGAAUUAAAAGAAACUAAUUUUUUGGACCAGAAACAUUUCCGCAAGUAGGCAUACAGAUUUGAUAAUUAGUAUAUACAAUUAUACUCCGAAUGCAAUGCAGAGUAUAGGAAAUGAAGAUAACAGGAAUCGUAUGAUAUCCAAGGUAACCUAUGAUCAAUCCGAGAAGCAACCAUUAUUGGUAAAUAAAGACAACUGUGAAGAUAUCAAACUUAGGUAUCCAAGAUGGCUGACAUUUUCCAUUUUAAUUAGCAUACCUUUUCUACACAUGCUGUCUUAUAUUUUAAGUUUAUACGUGAUUGGACAAUAUACUUAUGUUUAUUUCUUGGAAGAGAAGUUUCCCGGUGUUCCACAUUCGCUGAGCGGAAGUCUUUCGGUGUGUAAUGUAAACAAAUCUUCCUUUGCAUACUUUAUAGAAUCUAGUAUACAACAAACUUCAGCCAAAUGGGCCAUCUAUACAAAUCUUGCUUUCAUCAUUCCUAGUGUGUUGAUCAAUAUAAAUCUAGCUACAUAUAGUGACGUCCAUGGUAGAAAACUGUUCUUUAUAGUUCCUUUAGCUGGAUCGAUCAUUAAGAAUAUUUUGUGUGCGGUAGGAAUGUAUUAUAAGAUGAAUGUGAGACUGAUGUUAAUCUUUUAUAUGAUUGAGGCGUGCACUGGUUCAUGGGUUGCUACUCUUUCAAUGUCGUUUUGCUUUGUAGCUGACACAACGACCCCUGGGAAAGGUCGUUCGCUCAUUAUAAGUCUUCUUGAUGGUGGAGUAGGAUUGGGGGCUAUUGGGGCCUCUCUUUUGUCAGGAUAUUUGAUCACAUGGACUAAUGGGUAUCAUUAUCCAGAAUUCAUGGCAGUAAUUAUAGCAAUUAUUCCAUUUCUAUGUGUACUGACAAUGGUACAAGAAACGCUGCCAAUAUCAAGAAGACGAUCAAAUGUUUCAAUUCUUCAAAACAUUCAAAGAGUUUUCGACUGUUAUAGAAGUAAUUUCUCUCCAUUCGGGAAACAAUGGGUGUUCGUUGUUCUCAUUAUUACAUUUGCAAUGUCGGCACUGACUGUUUUAAGCAGGGCAAGUGUUGAUAGUCUGUAUUUUGUCAGCGCGCCUUUUUGUUGGAGCUCUAUUACAAUUGGACUAUACACUGGGAUACGAACCGUUCUGUGGAACAUAGGCGGAGUAAUUUUGAUAAUAGUAUUACAGAUCUGUACUACAGAUGAAGUUAUAUCGCUUGUUGGAUGUAUAACCACCACUGCAACCUUAAUUAUACAAGGACUGGCUAAAACAAAUCUUAUGAUGUAUAUAGCUGCCGUAUCCAGUAUAGGAUGUAUUGUGACGAUGCCCAUGAUCAGAGCGAUAAUGUCCAGGAUGACACCGCCUGAAAAGCAAGGCUCUAUUUUUGCUGGCGUUGCUGCUGUGGAAUCGUUCUCGAGUUUAUUUGGUACAGUGAUAAUCGGUAUAAUAUAUGAUUCCACGGUAACUAUUUAUAGAGGACUAACAUUUCUUAUAUGGUCGGGAAUUGGCGGUAUUGGCAUCAUUCUGUCAUUAAUAUUGAUUAUGGAAAAUAGGAAGCGACCAGCAGUUAAUCAAACCAGUCGGUCAAAUAUUGUGAUAAAAGUCGAUUCAUCAGUUACAGGAGAAUGAAUAUAAAUAUUACGGAACUUUCUCCGCGGCCUGGCUUAUAAUCAAAACUUCAUUUCGACGUCCUCAACUGCUGACUGUUUUAACCGAUACGAAUAGAAAUAUUUGUACAGUUUGUUUCUGUUAAAAAGAAGUUGAAAUCGUUAGAAUUUGUUCAA